UACAAAACAGCCCCCAAAACUUUUCGGCGUUUCCCAUCCUAGCCCCAAAUUCUAUACUUACUUUUCCAACACACCCUUUCACUCCUCAUCUUUUUCGAAACGCCCCUGGUUCUAGGGUUUCCGUCUACCUUUAAGCCCCCGCUCUCCCUCUUUCCGGUCUUGAUGGCAAGGCCAAAGCUUAUCUUAAUCUGCCAGUCUCUUGGUGAAUUUGUCACAAAUGAUGAUGGGACAUUAUCAUAUGCUGGAGGAGAGGCCCAUGCAGUAGAUAUUACCCAUGAAACUCUAAUCAAUGAUCUCAAGUUGAAGCUAGCUGAAAUGUGGAACUUAGCCUAUGAGUCCUUGUCCAUCAAGUACUUUCUUCCAGGAAAUAGGCGAACUCUGAUCACUUUGGCUAACGAUAAAGAUCUAAAAAGGAUGUAUGACUUUCAUGGGAAUUCGGUAACUGCUGAUGUUUACAUCCAAGGAAAAGCAGGUUUUGAUCGUGAAGCCUUGAGCUUACCUGGAAGGGCUGCUGGAUUAAAAGUAGCGGAAGCCAUAAGGCCAAUUGCUGCCUGUGUGGCAGUUCCUACCAAUUCUGAUAUUGUUGUUACUCCUUUAGUUGCGAAGCGUUCAACUUCAGUGCCCUCUGAUGCUAAUCUCACCCCUGUCACUCCAGUUUCCUCAUUCUCUCACACUACAUCAACACCAGGUGCUGCUAGUUCCACUCCACCUGGUUCUACUUCUGAUGCCAAUGCUGAAAAUUCACCUUCAAUUGAUAUGGACUCUACCCCUGCUGAUACUGUUAAGAAACGGAGACGUGCUGCAUCCCGGAAAAGUGAUGCCAAUGGUCCUAUUGUCGCACACACUAAUGAUGGUGGGAAGAAAAGGAAGACUACACCUAUGAGAAAAAGUAUCUCAAAGUGCAAUAUUGAUGCAGUUUCAGAUGAUGUGGAGCAUAAACAAGAUAAUUGUAGUGAUAAUGCUGCUCUUGUUAGCUCUGCUGAUGUUCCCCCAGAGAGGCUAAUGGAAUUGUGGAAAGAUGGCAUCACUGGUGUAGGUCAGGAAUUCAAAAGCGUCUAUGAAUUUCGUGAGGCACUGCAGAGGUAUGCCAUUGCACACCGUUUUAUGUACAGGCUGAAAAAGAAUGACACAAAUCGUGCAAGUGGCAGAUGUAUAGCCGAAGAUUGUUCCUGGAAGAUUUAUGCAUCUUGGGAUUCGUCAACACAAUCAUUUAAAAUAAAAAAUAUGAAUGAAUCGCAUACAUGUGGAGGGAAAUCCUGGGAGUCUGCUCAUCCAGCUAAGAAUUGGGUCGUAAGUAUUAUAAAAGAUAGAUUACAAGAUAGCCCACAUCACAAACCAAAGCAACUUGCAAAAAGUAUUCUUCAAGAUUUUGGGGUAGAGCUAAACUAUACACAAGUAUGGCGUGGCAUUGGAGAUGCCAGGCAGCAACUGCAUGGUUCGUACAAGGAGGCAUAUAAUCAGCUACCUUGUCUUUGUGAGAAGAUGACAGAAGCUAACCCCGGUAGCUUAAUCAAGCUUUUCAUUAGUGAUGAAAAAAGAUUUGAGCGUCUCUUUUUAUCGUUUCAUGCUUCCAUACAUGGCUUUCAGAUGGGUUGUCGCCCAAUCAUGUUUCUUGAAGCUUCAUCAAUGAAAUCUAAGUUCCAUGAGGUUAUGUUGACAGCAAGUGCAUUGGAUGGAGACGACUGUGUCUUUCCAGUUGCAUUUGCCGUAGUUGACAAUGAGAACAAUGAUAAUUGGCAUUGGUUCUUGGAGCAACUGAAAUCUGUACUCUUAAUUUCACAAUCCAUAACUUUUGUCUCUGACCGUGAGAAGGAAUUAAAGAACUCAGUGCUUAAGUUAUUUGACGAUGCUCACCAUGGUUACUCUAUAUACCACCUUCUAGAAAGCUUCAAAAGAAGCUCAAAAGGUCCAUUCAAUGGGGAAGGCAAGAAUUCAUUACCAAUACAUUUUUUGGCUGCUGCCCAUGCAAUCCGACCUGACACUUUUAAAUUGCAUACUGAGCAAAUUAAAAAAGUGUCUUCCCAAGCCUAUGAUUGGUUAAUGGAGGUUGAGCUAGAACACUGGACAAGCACAUCAUUCAAGGGUGAACCUUAUAACCAUGUUACUGUAAAUGUUGCAGAAACUUACACCAAGUGGAUGGAGGAAGUGCGUGAAUCACCAAUAGUACAGAAGAUCGAACUGCUGCACUGUAAGACCAUGGAAUUAAUAAAUACUCGCAGAACAGAUUCAAGUAAGUGGACUACAAAACUUACACCAUUGAAGGAGCAAAAACUACGAGAGCAAAGGAAUAAAGCUUAUGGUCAUAAAGUACUAUUUUCUUCUGACACCCUUUUUGAGGUUCAUGGCGAUUCCACUAAUGUUGUGAACGUUGAGAAGUGGAGCUGUAGCUGUCUUGGUUGGAAACGAUCUGGUUUGCCUUGCUCACAUGCCGUUGCGGUCUUCUCUUGCACCGGUAGAAACAUAUAUGAUUACUGCUCAAGAUACUUCACUGCUGAUAGCUUCAGGUUAACAUAUUCUGAAUCCAUACACUCUGCAUACUCCAGUUUGAAGUCUGUGACAAGUGAUAAGGCAAAGUCAGAGACUGCCCUUGUUCUUCCUCCUAUAACCUCACGCUCACCAACCCAAAACAAGAAAAAGGAGAGCGAAACAGGAGUAGCCAAGAGGGUUAGACCAGUUACUUGCACAAGGUGCAAGGAAACAGGGCACAACAAAGCCACAUGCAAGGCAAACUAAUAAAAUGGUCUUUUCGGAUUAUUUUUUUCUUUUGUACAGUUCUUGUUCAUAUUUUUUCUCAGCCAUGGAUGUAAGGAGUUAGCCCCAUCAUAUCAAGUUGAAUUUGAUGUGUACUUUCUCUAGUUUAACUGAUACUUUUUUGCAGUUAGUGAUAAAUGUUUAGGAUUUUCUUUCAUAUUA